GGCGUGCGUGUUGUACACUAACUUCCGUUAUUGGCGACGUGACGCCAAGCUAGCGCUCGCUAGCACCGUCGCGGCGAAGGACACGACCGUUUGCUUUUACUAUUGUUAACAAAGGUAAAAAUACGCACGUACACACACAUUUGUCGGGAGGGCUAUUUUGCUGAUUACCAGCAUUGUUUUGUGUUGUGUUGUGUUAUGUUGUGUGGUUUGGACAGCGAUCCAGUUUGUAUCGUCGGGAGAUUAAAGGCCUGCUGUUUUGUCAACAAUCGGCCACGGUGGCCGUUUUAUUUUAUUUUUUAAAGCAAAAAAUAAUACAUACACAGUGUCGUAAUACUGUUUUCUGUCUUGUUAACCAAAUGGUGAAAUGUUGUCUCAUGUUUUGUUGUUUUUUUCCCCUCAACGAGUUUUAGUCCAUGUAGUGGGAGUGUAGCACAUACCCGUUAACGUCGCCAUGCAUUUUCUAAACGGACAUCAACUCAUUUUGAACUUCUCCAAACAUUAUUUAAGCACAGCACGUUUGAAUUUUCAUCCUUUCAUUUACUUUGUUUUGCAUUUAACUUAACUAUUUUACGUAUAUUCUAGUUGUUUUCAUUCUGUAAAAUACUGGACCAUUCGGGAUGGUUUUAAGAUGUAUGGCUGAUGUUAAGGCAGGACUAAUACAACAAAAACGUGACUUGAUGUGAUCUGACUUGCAAGAAAUGUUGGCACUUUGCGUGGUUGUUGCUGGAUAUGCAUCAAAGACAACCCAAUAAAUCAUGUUAGGAUUUGUGUGUCAUUGAUGGAGGUGCUACUUUAUCUGUGUGUCAUUUUUUUGCGAGUCACAAGCAGGAAGUGUGAGCUCCGCUGCACAACUGUAUCUGAAAGGAAAUGAAGAGUGGACGACCUGAGAUGAAAAGUUCCCCCCUGAAGAAGUGUUCCUGUCCAGUGAACAGCGGUCUACUUCCCUGCAGUUAACCUCAUUUUGUUUUUGUAACUCUUUCCAGCUUUGUGUUGACAUCGAAGCAUUGUACUGCUUCUCCUACUCCAAGGCCCCACCAAACACUACCUGUUUGGCGGACUAGCCGGGAGUUCGUUCCUGAUUGUCCCACAGGCAGCCAUGUCUCAUCCUCUGUACAACCCUUAUGGGGCCCAACGAAGGCAGGCAGAGAGCGACCCCCAUAGGGUGUCUUCUUGUGUCGGACUUGGACCCAGCCUCAGCUCCUCCACACAUGGACCGCAGGCUUCUGAAAGCCAGGCGAUUCCUUCGCUGCUGCGCAAUUAUCAACCCAAGCCAGGAUCCAAGACCAAGGAAGACAUCCUGGCUUUGGAUCAAGACUCUCGCAGACAAGAGUUCUCCCCGGAAUCAGCAGCUAGCUCUUACCAAAAUAUCAGCAGAAACUUUGACGGCAGCGGCGACUCUCUCAAUUGCAUGUCAAAUUAUAGCCGAACAGCCGGUGACACCACCUCCUCCUCCUCCUCCGCUCAUUAUCAACAGUCAACGUCAGCGGGUCGUUCUUUGUUUAGUGCCUCCAGUAAGCAGGAUCAUGAGCUCCGUUCAAUUCUACACCGAGAUUACAGCGAACCUCACAUGGCCCAAUCUUCUGAGCCCACUCAAGCCAAAUAUACCUGUGAGGCAGCUGCCAACAUCCUGGUGCAAUUUGGACUUGAAAAGGGUGAUUUGGAGCAUCUUAUAUCCUACCCUGAAGACCAGAUCACCCCUGCCAACUUACCCUUCAUCUUGCGCCAAAUCCGCAUUCAGAAGACCAAGAAGGCCUCGGCUGUCGCUCGAGGCGGCCCUGCUAGUGGGGACAGUUGGAGAAGCCCUGUCCUGGCGGGGAUGGAACGAGAGGAUGCAUCGUCUCCUCUUUUCCAGUCUAGUAAGGUCAUUGACUAUGGACAUACGAGCAAAUAUGCUGGAAUGUUUGGGGAGGAUGUUGAGAGUGGAGCUGAAAGAGCUGAGGGUGACAGUUUGGACAGAAGAAGUCGCGGUCAAGAGCUGGCGCAGCCUGCACCUUCUCGCCCCGAUCAGAAGGAAACUAGCAGCUCUUUCCUCAGCUCCAUCCUGAAAUCUACCCAGCCCAAAAGUCAUGACCCGGUCAAACCAGCGCUGACUAGCGUACAGUCAACGUUCACAACUUUUUCUAUGCCGACAAAAGACACCGAUGCUCGUGACGUCAAAUCUCAAGCCCCAAAAGCCACAGCUUCUGAACGAAAGCAGGACAAGCCUAAGCCCAUCUUAAAACCACAACCGUCACCCGCUUUCCAUCGUCGUGCCCAUCCCGACAGGCCCGACCUCGUAGUCCUCGGAGGAGAUGAUGCCAGCGACAGCAGCGACCAGCGGAAAAGUCAAACUCCGGCCGGUGCAAACAAGGCCCAAAAACCGAAGAUGCCUGCGCAGCAGUCGACCGUCAAGAAAGGGCAACCACAAAAGCAGACGUCCACACAGAAGUCAGCGGAAGUCAAGAAGCAGCAGGUGCCCAAGACCCAGACCAAGACCCAGACCAAGACCCAGACCAAGACCCCGACCAAGACCCCGACCAAGCCCCCACAGCCGGCUAAAAGGAAGACAUUGCUGCCAGACUCUCCGUUGGCGGAGGCGAGCUGGCAGCAGGUUUUCACUGCGAGGCAGCAGGUUCAACCCAUCCACCCCGUUUGCCCCCUGCCCAGCCUCUUGAACGUUCUUGCAUUUCCGUCGUUUGGCCGGGAUCCGGGUGAUGGCGGCAAUCAACUCCCGCAGCCGGUUCUGGCGCAGGUCACGGUCUCUGAGGGUUUGCCAACGUCGGCCAAGAUGCUGGACUAUGCAGCGGCCACGCCCAGAGUCUUUCCACACACGUGUUCUCUGUGUAACAAAGGGUGCGCCCUGAUGAAGGAUUGGCUCAUUCACCAGAACUCCAACAUACACCUUGAGAGCUGCAGAGUCCUUCGCAUGCGAUAUCCAAACUGGGAUGGCGAGGUGUUGUAUAGCCACGAGGAUCAGGAGCGAAAGAAGCCGACGUCCAUCACACACUCUCAGAGUAAGAAACCUCAUCGUGGGGCUCGCUCACCACCUUCCCACUCCAGCCCUCGCCGGUGCAGCUCAGAUGCUCAGAGAGAGAAGAGGACAAGGAGGAGUAGUCGAUCCCGUUCGCCUCACAGCUCCAAAUACAAGCGCAGGUCUCGUUCUUGCUCCACAAGCUCGUCCAACUACCGCCGCUCACGCUCGAGAAGUUACGAGAGGCGUCCUCUGCGACGAAGUCAGGAGGGGCACUCAUCAUUGAGAAGGAGUCAUGGGAGGCGGUCGUCGUCGCGCAGGCGGUCGUCGUCAAGCAGGCGGUCCUCGUCCCGCAGACGGUCCUCAUCGCGCAGGCGGUCCUCGUCACGGAGCCGCCAUGCUAGGCUCUCGUCUCCGAAGAGAAUCCGUGAGAGAUGUCUGCCCCCUACAAGGACCCAUAUUACAAGUGCUACCAUGCGGACGAGCCAGCAGACGUCAGUCAAGGCAGAGAGACUUGCAGAGAAGCUUUUGGAAUCAUCAGCUGUCCAGUCUCUGUCGAAGCAGUCUGAUGUGGAGACUAUGGUCAAAACUCUGGCCCCCGCCUUGUUGGCGGAGUUGGCCAAGUUGGAGGCGACUCCUUCAACCUCUUCCAGAGGAAGAAUCAGCGCGACAUUCGCAGCCUCCGCCUCCUCAUCUGCAGCCAACAAAAAGCCAGUCGCAGCCUCUGGCCAACAGAAAGCUUCCUCCGCAAAGACCAAGCCUGUCAAAGCCUCCGUCCCGACCAUUGUGACGCUGGGAAAGAUUCACCGUUCUCUCACCUACCUUGAGAUUGUGGCUGCCGCUGAGCACUAUGGAAAGACCAAAUCGGUUGUCGUGUUUCGCUCCAAAGGGGAGGCAAUCGUGUGUUUUGAGAAGAAGGAAGAUGCAGAGAAACUGAGGAAGGCAAGGAACCUCAAAAUUAAAGGACUUCCAGUCUCUAUUCUGGAAAACAAGGAGAGUGUCCCCGACGCGCCGAAGACCAAUCCUCAGAAAAAUCCACCUGGGGCUUCCAAAGUCUCUAAGACGCAAACGUCCAAAAGUACCUCGGCCACGCCUGCGGCCCAGGCCAAAGCGAAAAAUGUCCCCGGCAAAGAGAUCACAAAAACUGUGAAAAAAAUUCCGCUGAAGGCCAAGAUAAAACCCACCUGCAAGGUCAUCAGUCAAACGAAAAAAGCCCAAGCACGCACUGCGAAACCACCGGGAGGCGCUGUUUUGAAGGUCAACACCACAGACGAGCAGCGCAGUGUGGUCGCGACUCCAACGGAACCAGAACCAGGAAAGGUGACUGAACCUCUGCAGCAAGCAGUGUUUAAAAGCAAUCUGCCAACGGAAGACGUGAGUGACACGGAACUUCCGCCUGAGCCCAUGCAAGUGGACCCUCCUAUAGCGACCAAAGAGCAAAAUCGGCAGACUAUCGGGCCUCAAGCAGGACCCGCAACAGGACCAGUGGCUCCCCAAGCGGACUCACUUGUCGAACAGCCACGUGACCCUGAAAGCAGUGGCGUCCAGCAACAAGUGCCAGCCAAGACAAUACUAGAUGCAGCUGUGAUGGAGGAAGCGGCGCCCCCAUGCAGUUUGGAUGCAGCACCGGUUAUAGAUUCCGUUCCCCAACGCAGUUCUGAGGCAGCACCGGUGGAGCAGGCCCCCUCCCAACGUGGCUCUGAAGCAUCAGUGAAGGAGGAUGUGGGUUCCUCACACCACUUUGACCGAGCAGUGACGGAGGAAGCGGUGCCCCAAUGUGGGUCCGACGCAGCAUUGAAAAACAAUGCCGCUCCAAAGCCUGGCUCAGAGGCAGCAUUUGAAAGUGAUUUGGGGCUCCCGUGCGGUUCCAAUGCCGCGGUGAGAAAGGAUGCAGUGCCCCCAGCCGGCUCAGAUUCAGCAGUUGAAAAGGAAGCGCCACUCCAGUGUGGCUCCAAUGCAGUGGUGAAGAACAAUUCGGCGCCCCCACACAGCUCCAAUGCAGCACUGAAGAAGGGCGCGGCGCCCCUGUGCGGGUCUGACACAGCAGCAAAGAAGGAUCCGGUGACUUCACGUGAAUCCGAUGCAGCAGCGAAGGACAAAGCGCCGCCAAUGAGCGUCUCAAAAGCAUCAGAAAAGAAGGAUGCGGCGCCACCUCAAGGCUCCGACGCAGCAGUGUGGAAGCCGCCGGUGACCUCGCGUGGAUCCGAUGUAAAGGAGAGUAUGCCCCCGUGUGUUUCGGACUCAGCAGUAAAAAAGGAUGUCGUGCCCCAGUGCGGCUUCAAUGUAGCAGCCAAGAAAGAUUUGGUGGCCUCACAUGAAUCCGAUGCAGCACUGAAGGACAAUGUGACACCCCCGUCUGGUUCAGAGACAACAGUAGAACAGGAUGCGGCCCCCCUAUGCGGCUCCAACCAAUCAGUGAAGAAGGAUGUGACGAUCUCACGUGAAUCCGAUGCCGCAGCGAAGGACAUAGAGGUGCCCCCAUGUGGGUCAGACACAACAGUAGAAAAGGAUGUGGCGUCCCAAAGCGGCUCCAACCAAUCAGUGAAGAAGGAUUCAGCGAUCUCACCUGAGUGCGACACAGCAGCGAAGAAGGUUUCGGCGAGCUCAUGUCAAUCCAAUGCAGCAGCAAAGAAGGAUUCAGCCACCUCACGUGAAUCCGAUGCCGCGGCGAAGGACAACAUGGCUCCCCCAUGUGGUUCAGACCCACCCGUAAAAAAAGAUGCGUCACCUGAACGGGACGCCGACCAAUCAGUAAAGAAGGAUCUGGCGAUCUCAACUGAAUCCGAUGCAGCAACGGUGAAGGAUUCCGCAACCUCACGGGAAUCCGAUGAAGCGGCGAAGGACAAUGUGGCUCCCCCAUGUGGUUCGGACACAGCAAUAAAAAAAGAUGCGGCGCCUCAAGGCGGCUCCAGCCAAUCAGCAUCGAAGGAUCCGGCGACCUCACAUGAAUCCGAUGCAGCGGCAAAGGGCAAUGUGUCACCCCCAUGUGGUUCAGUCACAACAGUAAAAAAAGGUGCGGCGCCACAAGGCGGCUCCAGCGAAUCAGUGAAGAAGGACCUGGCGAUCUCACCUGAAUCCGAUGCGGCAGCGAAGGACACGGUGGCACCCCCAUGUGAUUCUAACGCAACAUUAAAAAAGGAUGUGGCCCUCCAACACGGCUCCAACACAACAAACAAGGAGGAUUCGGCAACCUCGUGUCAAUCCGAUGCAGCAGCAAAGGGUAGUGCGUCGCCCCUGUGUGUCUCAGGGACAGCAGCAAAGAAGGAUUUGGAGCCUGCGCAUGGCUUUGGGCCACCAGUGCGGAAGCAUCCGGCACCCCCGCACAGUUCCACAGCACCAAAGAAGCGUGUGGCACCCCAACACAGUUCGGGCAUAGCUGCCCGACUCACCGUUGGAGAGAGAAUGAAAGACAUUCUGCCUCCACAUCAUAUCUAUGGCAUGAAAACCAGAACCUACCUCAACCAAAAGUUUUACUUAAGGAAUUUAGUUGUGCUGCACAUCAUCAACCUGCCCGAUGAAGAGCACAGCUACUGCGAGCAAGAUGUCAUCGAUGUGUUCAAGCCGUUUGGACUUGCAACUUUUGAUGACUGCGUCUACGUUAUUCCUCAAACAAAAAUGGCAUUUGUUCAACUGAGGACACCCUCAUCUACGCACAUGGCCAUAACGGCCAGCCAAGAUGGAACAUUUGCUCUCAAGGACUUUGCACAGCGAAUUCAUGUGCAAGUCAUGUACAAAAACAUCCCCAUGUGGCCGGCUGACUUCUAUAAGUGGCUGAUGCGGCAGAUGAAAUGCUCCGUAUCGAACCACGGCCCGAGGACCGUCCUCGUCAAAGGCAUCAAGUCGUCCGAGAUCGCCAGCCUUCGGGAAGCUCUGAGGAAAAUCGGCGGCGUGGUCAACUUCAUGCCGCUUCUGAACAAGGUCUUUGUGGAAUUUGAGUCUGCUUCAGAUGCUGAUCGCUUCGGCGUUUGGCACUCCCUCCACAAGAAGUGUCCUGCCUAUCAGCUCCACAGGUUGGGCAUGCCUAUUGUUGGCAAUGAUUCAUCAAGAUCACAACUUUCUCAUCAAGCCAUGCCGGACAGCAAUGUGGCAUUCCCCGGGGCAACCGUUCCGACGAUUAAACAUGGCGUUCCGCAAAGCUCCUAUGCCCCGUUUUACCUGACCAUGAGGACAAAACCCUUCCUCUUUUCGACCUUUUCCCCCUGGUUCGUCAUUCCAGAGUUUGUGACCGUCAGACGAGCACCCGACAUUAACACGGCCAAGUGUCGUGGCGCGGAAGCGGCAUGCACCAUCAUGUUGACAGGCUUGCCUCAAGGAUUUUACAGACAGGAGGAUGUGGCGCGGCACGCGUGGCCCUAUUUUGCCCGCAGGGACCUUCAGACGCUCUGGUACAGUGUGAGCGUGCUGCCGCUCCAGAGGAGGGCCUUUGUGCAUUUCACUGACUGGAAAUCCUGUUGCUGCUUCGUCGAGCGUUACUUACAAGAACAGCUGCGAGUGAGCGGCUCCAGGCUAUCGAUGCACUUUGUCCUGCAGCCCAUGUGUACCGAACCCAACGAGGCGAGCAUGUACGCAUCGCUGAUGCGGCUGAGCAACUCGUACGUUGGAGAGGUGGAGUCGCUGGCUGAGCGGCUGCUUUGCGUGGAGAUCUCUGAGACCCGAAACCACACCGUAAACGUAGUUCUACAUUUGGUCUCACAGCAUGCCGAGAUUGUCAACUUCCUCCCUCUGGCCAACCGGAUUUGCAUCGAGAUGGCCGACGCUGCAGGAGUUGCCUGCGUGGUGGAGAAAUCCAAACAUUUUCAAUUAGAUGGCAAGGCAUCGAGUCAAAUUCAAAGUUUUUGCAGUGCUAAGCGUCUGAAACAGCGCCUUGAGGAUCCAACCGAGUUGACCUUGAAUCUUUACCUUGAAGAGUUCUGGAUGCACACCAGCCCACCACCUCCAUGUCUGCUCACUCUGCGAUUGCCGUCUCCCGCCGCUCCCUCAGCUGAUUCCGGACAACCCACCAAGAUGCUCAUGUCGACACCGCGGGGGGAAGAAACGGCAGCUAAAGAUGACUCUGAGAAAGUGCAAUCUUCGAUGACUGAGGAGACCACAGCUGCUCCGACAAAGGCUAAGGAUGGAACGCUGCCAGCGUCAGCCUGUGGUGGCAAUGAGGUCCCAGCUGUGAACAAUAACAAUUCAACAGCUGUACAUAAUAAGGAAAAAGAGGCCCCCCCUGUUAAAGAGGAAACCCUUGUGAAAAGUGAUGAUGCAUUGAGGCAGGGGGAUGUUGAAGAUGCCAUUCCUUCAGAUGCAGAUCUUUUUGACAACCAACCCUUCAACAUGGAUGAAUUUGUCACCGUCGAUGAAAUCGGGGACCUGGAGGACAGCGCAAGCGAGGCCCCCCGACUACCCCAGAGAUCUUCCUCCCAAGCAGAUCUGCUGCCUGCUCGCAAACGGACCAAAGUGAGCGCCUCAAAAGAGUCAAAGAGUUCCGCCUCCUCCCUGCUAGUCUCCUCCAGGACCACCAGAAGCUCAUCAAAAAGGAGCCUCUCUUCGGGGUCCACCCCCGCGCCGCCUACAAAGUCGCCCCCCCCAAAAAAAACAAAACAAGCAAACGCUUCACACCAGAAAUAUCCCAUACGGUUGUCUCCCACUGAUUGUGGAGAAACGAAUUUGCCGACAAUGGCCAAUGAGGAUAGUUAUCAAGUGUUGGAUAGCGUCUGCGAUGACCAAAAAUCUCCCUCGGGCGAAGUCGGCAACAUGGAGGUGGAUGUCUCUGGAGGUGGCAGGUCCGAGCUCCAAGCAGCUCCGGAGCAGGACAACAUCAGUCAGGUUGAAAAUGCUGAGGAAGAGCAGACACAACCAGCUUCUGCAUCAAAAGUUGAAGAGCAGGAAAACAGCGGAGGAGAAAAUGAGGUGAUGGCAGAAUCCUGCCAAACAAACGAUGCAGUUGAGGACCCGCCCUCAGCUGACCUUGACAGACAAGUUGUAGAGAGUGCCGGUGGACUGUUACUCAAAGACGACACUAUGGUCUCAGGACAAGAAGUAGGAGAGGAAGAAGCGGAAGCAUACCAGGUGAUUGAUUCUGUGGAAGAGCAGCCAGCUCCCAUCGAGAAUGAGCUCAAUGUCCCAGAAGCACCGAAGCGUCGUCCUCCCUCAAGCAAAGCACUCAAGCGCAAAGCGCGCAUACCUCCAAAGAGGCCGGCGUCCGCCACCGCCAAACCUCCUGAGCCCGAGAAAUACCUCGUGGUCGAUUCUUUCCAAGUUGAAAGUUCCACAAGCACACCGGCGGCGGGUAGGAGGCGGAGCACCAGAGGAAAGACACAAGAGCAGAGCAUCAAAACAUCUGUCAAGGAUGAGGAGGCCACUUUCCACAUUAUAGACUCGGUGGAGGAUGAAGUGAGUGUCACCCCGAAAGUCACCAGAGGAAAAAAAGGAAGACCGCCAAAGAGAGACGCAUCAAGUGAGAACAGAGCUCAAGAAAAAAAGGCUGCCACGGCGAGGGCAAAUCCUACACAUGAAAGCGCCAAGGGAAAAACACCAAUUAAGAUUGAGGCCAUCAUUAAAGAGGAGCCCAUCUAUCAAGUCCUGGACCAGGUGAAGGUUUCUCCACCCACAAGAGGUAAAAGGAGGAGGGGAAGACCAAAGAAAGAGGUUAAAAUGGAACAAAAUGACACGAUUGAUGAAGAAGAAGCAGCGACGUUCCAGGUCCUGGACUCUGUGGAGGACGACACGGGCCCGGAUCUGCCGUCGACUGAGCACACGCCAUACGAUUCAAAAAAGGAAGGCGGGACAGACACGACGUCUCCGAUAAAGCUCGAGGAUGAGGAGGAAGCAACGUAUCAAGUGGUUGAUUCUUUGGAGGAAGAGCCGGCCGAAGAAGAGGUGAGCGCCACGGAUGUUUGCGGUUCAGUCGAGACAGAAGAACACCAAACAAAAAUAGGUGAAAAAGUUGCAAAAUGUGAAAACAAACAAGAGGCUGAUGUCAAAGGGGAAGAUGUGCCUUCCCGAAUGAAGACCAGGUUGCAACGGCGCUCCGCUGCCAAAAAAGACGGCGCACCGCUGAGCGCUCUCACGCUGGACAAAGUGAGCGACGACGAGGAAGACUUCUCCGACGACGUUGCCCAGAAGCCAGCGGAGGCAAAGGGGCAAGCCGAGAAGGAACGCAAGAACAUCCGGUGCCGGGAGCGCGGCGCGUCAAGCAGAUGGCAGGCCAGAAGACGCGAGGCUAAGGAAAAACUGGUCACGCUGGACCAAGUCGGAACGGAGGAGGCCGGCGACCAGCGGCAGCGAGCGCCGGACAGUGACGUCUCUGAGGGCGAGCUUGCGCUGGUUACUCUGGAUGAGCUUGUGCUCGAGCAGGAAGAGGCAAAAGGGCAACGCCCAGUCAGCGAGGGAGAAUUCUCAGAGAACUGUCUGAACCCUGAGACUCUUUUGACUUUGGAUGAAACUGGUGAUAAGGAGGACCACGAUGAGAAAAGUGAAUCUGUGGGGAUGCCUCAGUCUACCGAACGCAAACGUAGCGACGACACAGAGGACAAUGCAACCUUGGUGACACUGGACCAAGUGGGACAUGUUGAAGAGGACAUCUUGAGAAGCGUAAUUGAGAAGCGGCAUCGAUCGGCUUCUGUGACAAUUUCGACCGGCGCGAACCAGGGCGAGACAAAGGCAGCGACAUCAUCCGAUGAUCCCCGGCUACCAUGCGUCCAUCCGGAGGAGAAGGAGAGAGAGGAGGAGAGGGAAAAGGAGCAAAACAAAAAAGAGAAUGCAGAGGAGGAAAGCACAAUGGCGGAGACGGAAAACGAGGAGUUAGCCGCGUCUGCUCGGCAGCCCGUGCAAGCUUCACUCCAAAAACUGGGCAAACGCACGGCGGAGCUCAUUUCACCUGCAGCAAAACGAUCACGUUCCGAAUCUCCCUGUGGCCCUCCAGCUUUUGUUCUGCCAGUGUUCAAACCCAACAACCCUCUUGGUACAGAGUUUGUCGUGCCAAAGUCUGGUUAUUUCUGCGAACUCUGCUCAAUAUUUUACCUGAAAGAGAGAAUAGCCAAAGACAUGCACUGCAGCAGCCGGAGGCACUAUGACAAUUUAAAGAAAUAUUACCGCAAGUGUGAAGAGAAUUCAAGAGCAUCCACUCAAGGCUCUGUCUCCGAUUGAGCUCCUUUCCAAUGACUGUCAAAUGUUCUUUUUUUUUUUUUUGUCUUUACACCUGCAGCCAGAGUUUUCCAUCGCGCAUCCGAUUUCAGACCUCUAUCUUCAAGUUUUUAGUCUAUUUAGUUUUGAUUUGCUGUAGCUAUACUGUAAAUGGGAGACGAUAAAAGUUGUAUCCUGUCAGUUUGUUUUUACGAACAUACAGAUAGAUUGCCUUUAAACUGCUUAUUAAAUGUUCACAGUAAAAUGAUG